AGUGACAGUAAACAACAUUCUGUUGGGCGUACUUCUCCAGAGGUGUAUAUUUUUAUGACUUUUUACACAUUUUAAAUGGGGUCUCUGAAGAUACUACUACUUAUUAUUAUAAUCCCUUGCUUGGCAUUGGGACAGGAAAUUAAAUCUACAUUUUUCUCUAGGUGUGAGAAGUUCAAAGAAUAUGACUGUCAAAAGUUAUGGGAUCUCUUUGAGAAGGCCCAUGUGAACAAGGAUCCAUGUAACAUUUCAGUGGAAGCUUAUGAUCGCCUCAUUGCUGCAGCCCCCUUCAAACCAGAAUGCAACAAAGCGAUGUUAUGGAGCCUUACAGAGAAAUGGGUCCGUGAAUUAAAGGCGAGUAGACCGGAAUGUUUUCAACCUUUGUUGAAAACUCCAUUGGCAUCUGUCCUGGAAGGUCUGACCUGGUGUGGGAAAGAAGGCAGCAAGGAUACCUUCGCUACGAUGCGCGAACCAAAGGACAAUUGUAAUAUCCAGUGUAACUCCAUUUCGGACAGUGAUUCUGCUGAUUAUGCAGCAUCUGCCUCUGGUCAUGUCACGGCACUGCUAAACGGAUCCACCGACCCACCAUUCAAUCCCUCAGGUGUUUUUGCAUGUGUUGAGGUGCCAAAGCUUGACCCCAAAAAGGUCCAAAGGCUGAAUGUUGUUAUUAUUUCAGAGAACAAAGCCAAAUCAACCUGUAGCCAUACAUGCUUGAAUAAAUUAAAGGAAAUGUUAAAGGGAGGGAUAAGUUACACCUGCAAAGAGGUGUCUGAGUCUCAGAUUGAUGAUUGUAUCAACAAUGAAUCGAUCCUGUGUGCCGACUGCUUCUCAGGGUCCUGGGUCGUGCGUCCCAGUGUUUUGAGUUUCAUUGUACUUUGUUUUUUGUUUAUGUUCUAGCUCAGGGGUGUCCAAACUUUUUUCGCUG